UAUUAAGGUGUGGUCUACAUUGCAUUGUGGAAGCUAGCCUGUGUACGUACGUACGUACUGUAUUGUACUGUUCUGUACUGUGAAGCUAGCUAGCUAGUUGCGAAGCGAUUGUGCAAACGCUAUAUAUGGAGCUGCUUACUCAAGUAUCGGUGCUUCUAAUAGCAAUCAGCCUCUCUGCUGCUCAAUGUCCCCUGGAGGAGGUCGUAUCAACCAACUCUCAAUGUAUGGAUACCACGAACGACUGUUCUGGUCUCAAUUGCACACCUAUGGCCCCGUUUGAGAAUUUCACCGCUUCGUUUAACGUAGUCAACAGAUGUGAAGAUCCAGUUCAGGUUAACCUAACCAUUGCCUCUGGAAGUGGAGCAGCAUUCAGUGCCCUAUUUGAUCAGAACAAAGUUAUACAGUUUAGUGUGGACACGAGUGUCAGUGUGGGGAUGUCUCGCAAUGCAACACAUCUGGACUUUCAGGUAAUCAUCUUCCACACUGCUAACGACUCGGUCACUCUCUUCCCUGAUUCGCUGAUUCCCCUCAACCCAGCCGACUGUAUGUGCUCAUCUCUGCAAGCUCUUGCUGUGAGGGCAAACGACCUCCACCCUCUAAUCGAGUCAGACUGUACAACCACUCGCAACUGCACUGCAGUUCGUUGUGCUAUACAUGUGGGUGUGGUUUACUUUGUGGAGGUGGUGGUGCUAUCUUGUACAAAUACAAUCGAGUUUUUAGUGGAAGAUGAAAAUUUAAACAUCAUAGAGGCUGACGCAUUUCAAGGCCCCGGUAACGCUACGAGGAAUAUCGUCAUUGCUGGUUUCCCGUUCGUUGUUGAGGUGGACAUCAUUGUUCAGCCCUACUCAAUGAUCACACAGAUAUUCCUUGAGGCACUUUUGAUUGGUCGUCUGGACAUCACUCCACGGCAAACUAUAAUCCUCGAUCGAACACAAUGCGACAUUCCCGAGUUUCCCACCGUUCCCGUGCCAACCAUACUCCCGCCCCCUCAACCAGUCGCCUCGAAUGCACCGGCAGUCUGUGUAUCACUGAGCGAGACGGCACAAAAAGCUUACGCUAAAGCAUCAAUACUUCGUUGUGAGUUACGAGCAGAAUGCGACUCUGGGCUUGCCUGUGUUUUAAAUAUUGGAGAGAGUAAAUACCGAGUGGAUAUAAACCUCACAAGAAGCAGUGUGGCGUUUGGCGUUCUGAGUAGUGAUGGACAAACACGUUAUGGAGGGAGCAAGAACAAAAACACCACGGUGACCCUACCUGCCCCUCAGGGAACGGCCCUCCUGUUUGGACAGCUGCUGGAGACUGACAAAGUUGGAUUCAAGCUCCAGCUGCGUGUCUCUUUCCUGACGACUGGACAACAGACGGAGGAACUGAUUCCCUUCACCGUCAUUGCCUUCCCACCAUCGAACAACACCACCAACAACAACACCACCAACAUUACAGCCAUUGUGGUGCCUGUGGUCAUUGCCCUACUACUGAUAAUCACUUUGUGCGUGGUCACGCUGAUAAUUGUGUUCUGUGUGUGUCGAAACAAGAAAACGAACAGCGCUCCCUUUAUGAGGAUGUCAGAUCUUCAAGAGAAAGAACUGGAGAAUUAUGUCAAAGGAGAUAUAACGAAUCCGUUUCAAGGCGUAGCUGGUAAAUCUACAGUCGUCGUAUCAACUGAUGGAGAUGAUAAUGACGAAGACGUCAAGGUUGACUUGGCCUCUACAACUAGUGCAACGACUGUUUGAGAAAACUGAGCAAUUCUCUAGCUCUCUUAUUCUACCCAUACCAAUAAUAUACAUCAUAUGCAUUCAUACCAUUUAUACAACGAAAUUUUAUACGAACAUUAAUUGUAAUUGUAAGUUGUUAAAGUUUUUGUAAUUGG